GAUCAAACGUCAACAUCCCACCGCAAAAUCGCUAGUGUUUGGAGGUGAUUUUAACCUCCAAAAUGCGAAAUCAUCACCUCCAACUUAGUUCUAAUACCCACCGCUAUAUGAAUUAUGGAGGAGCGUCGAUCGUCGCAAGUUUCUCGUUAAACAGUCAAUAUCACAGCACAGCAACAAAAUGUAAAUUUUAACUUUAACUCCGUUUUGUACAAAAUUAAUUAUACCGAUUAUACGCAUUUAACGAUAUAAUGUUUUGCCUUAUCAAAUAAUUUUCAAAAGUACCUAAAAUUGCCUUUGUUGACAGUAUAUAACGUCAAUAGAAGAAGUAUUUGUUUGAAACAAGUUUUCCUAAUGAACCUGAAUCUAAAACAAGGAAACCCAUAUGAAAACAUGGAGUGUUGCUCGUAUAAGGUCGCAACAUUUUAUAGAUAACGCUAUAUACAUCACAUAAUAAAAACGGUGCAUCAAGGUAUGACCAACGCGGGUGAUUCAAAUGUGAUUCAGCAGCAUACGUUUUCUAAUGACCAACUUUCGAUCGAAGCUGCGCAUCAUCAAACGGAGCCAACAUUCAUCAAACUUCUUCAUCAAACGGAGCCGACACCGAACGUGAUUUCGGUGAUCCCAACGUCGAGUGCCAUAUCAAAUUCUGAGCCAGGAUGUUCCAAAGAGCUUUCAUCCGUUCUGCAUGUUGCAUCUAAUAGUGAUGGUAUCACGUUUGCAGAGAUAGGCGAUGACGAUUUAUCUCAGCAAAAUAACGCUGAAAACGCACCUUUGGUCAAUGAUGACACAAUGAAAAGCCAGAUUGUGGAAUUGCUCAUUGAGGAAACGGAGAUUACGUGCCCCAAUAUUGUCAACAAGAGAAACCAGGAAGAGGUGAAAGUAUUCAAAAGUUCCAAAAAGUUUGCUUCAAGUGAACUGAAAUUUCGGUAUUUCCAAAUCAACUGGUGCAAGAUCAGUGAUAACACUAUAAGCCGCCUGAAUGAAAUGCAAAAGUAUCGUAAUGAAAAUACGGAUAAAUGCGCACCGCGACAGCUGCAACUUUCAAAAACCGAUUGGAGCAACAUCACUAAUUCAGUAGUUGACCAAAUGCGUUCGGUUGAUACUGAAAUUAAAGCGAGCGUUAUGGAGAAAGUGGCAAAGGACAUUCUGGACAAGUAUCCGUGCCUCAAUGUGUUGGACGACGAUGGAUUUGGAUCAGGAAAGGAUUAUGUCGCGGUUAAGCAUAAAAUGUUAAAUCGCAAUUCGUACCUUAAUCGCUUCAAGGAAGACCAAGAUCAACCAACACCAUCAAAAAUGAAAGACCGUCAAAAUCGUAAUGUACGUGCUGGUACGAAUAAAGAGUAUUGGAAACAAACAAACAAUGAAUGCACCAAGGAUAUGUUAUCAUCAUUGUCCCGCAAUGAAACCGAAUUGCUGACGCAGGAGUUUCUACAAGCAUCACAAUCGUAUGUGCGAUAUCGCUUCGAUGAAAACAAACCAUUGAAAGAAGUAGUAGCCGAUUUCCCAGUAUUGCGAAGAAAAUGUCUGCUGGAUUAUCAUUUUGAAUGUGCUACUGGUGUUGCAGCUGGAUCAAUGGAGAAGUAUUUCGCCGCAAAACGUCAAAAGCUCAUCGAAUUUUCAAAAUCGGGACGUAAGACUACCCCAUUGACUGUAACGGCUAGCGACGUCGAUAUCAUCCAGUUCCUGUGCAGUUUGUUGGGAGAAAAAUGUGAAGAUGUCAUUGUAUCGAAAGAGAUCGGGACAAGAAUUGAUGAUAUUACAACUGAAUGUUCAGGACCUGUUCUUGUUGCUGUAGAUUGCGGAAACGAAAAGACCGUUUACUAUGUGUUCGCGGAACAAGUAAGACUCAGCGAGGGGACAGAGAAUGUUAUUGCCGCUAUAUCUGACCUUGUAUGCGUUCACUAUGUUCACAACUUCAUGUACAUGCAGCAGAUUUCCAAAUUUCUGGAAUUUGUACAGGAGUACUUUUUUAAGAUUUUGCCAACAUAUGGAUCGAAGUCUAAUGCGACGCGUAAAGGGCAGCAACAGCGAAUCGUUAAAAAGGUCAUCAAAAUGAUUUCGGAGUAUUGUGCACAGUAAGUCACGUCUGGCUGGUGCAGGUAAAAAUGAGAAUUAAAGAAUGAAUAAACUAAGCGUAAAAUUAUUCCUACGAAUCAAAACCUAUAUAACAAAGAGAAACAAUAAAUAAGUAUUGAAAAUCGA